AUGUGUAAAGGCUUCUUCACUCCGCACCUGCGGCUGCUGCUCGAGUCCCUGCGGCGCGCGGCGGGCGUGGAGAACGUGCUGCUGGUGCUGAGCCACGACCUGUGGGCCGAGGAGCUGAACCGGCUGGCGGCCGGCGUGGACUUCUGCCCGGUGCUGCAGGUCUUCUUCCCCUUCAGCGUCCAGCUGUACCCCCGCGAGUUCCCCGGCCACGACCCCCGCGACUGCCCCCGCGACGUGGGCAAAGCGGCGGCGCUGCGCCUGGGCUGCCUCAACGCCGAGUUCCCCGACUCGUUCGGCCACUACCGCGAGGCGCGCUUCUCGCAGACCAAACACCACUGGUGGUGGAAGCUGCACUUCGUCUGGGAGCGCGUGCGGGCGCUGCGGGAGCACGCCGGGCCCAUCGUCUUCCUGGAGGAGGACCACUACCUGGCGCCCGACUUCUACCACGUCCUCAAGCGGCUGUGGGCGCUGCGGCAGCGCGACUGCCCCGAGUGCCAGCUGGUCUCGCUGGGCUCCUACGCACUGGGCCGCGGGGGCUUCGCCGGCCGCGCCGACAAGGCCGAGGUGAAGACGUGGAAGUCCACGGAGCACAACAUGGGCAUGGCCUUCGGCAGAGACACCUACCAGAAACUCAUCGAGUGCACGGACGCCUUCUGCACGUACGACGACUACAACUGGGACUGGACGCUGCAGCACUUGACUGUCUCGUGUCUUCCAAAGUUCUGGAAGGUGCUGGUACCCGAAAUCCCGCGCGUGUUUCACACGGGAGACUGCGGCAUGCACCACAAGAAGUCCUGCAGGCCGUCCUCCCAGAGUGCCAAAAUCGACUCUCUGUUGAGCAGCAACCGGCAGUACCUGUUCCCCGAGACGAUGAGCGUCAGCAAAAGGUACUCCAUGGCCCCCCUGUCCCCUCACGUCAAGAACGGAGGCUGGGGGGACAUCCGGGACCACGAACUCUGUAAGAGUUACCGCCGCCUCCAGUGAGGACCGCGCUCGCAGCCUUCUCCUUUUUGAACUGCCCCAUCCCGUCUUUUACAGACACACACGUGUAUAAAGAGAAAAACAAACAAAAAACAAGCAUUUAUGAGUUGGUUUCUGCUUUAAUAUGAAUAAACAUUCAUGUCAAAGGUGUCCCAAAACGUUCAUCUCUGGUGUACAGAGCUCGGCAGCGCUGUGUGCGGCCGGGCUGUGGGAGCAGCGUGGAUGGUUGUGCUCUGUGCUGCGCUCACUUGGAGGAGGAAGAGGAGGAGAGAGCUCUGCUCCAAGCACAUCUUUGCAGUGCUCGCUGUGUACGCUUUGGUUUCUUUUUCUGCACCGUGUCCUGGGGCAGCGCGUUGCCUCCCUGCCAUCCGCGGCGCCGUGCUGUGCCGGGUGGUUGGCCGCGUGUUGGUGAAUAUAUGAAGGAAAAAAGAAAAAAAA